AUGGAAUUCGACCCCAACAGCGAGUUCGUCCCCUCGAGCAAGAUCGACCACGUCGGCAUCAAUGCUCCGACAGAGGAAUUUGAAAGCUUGGUCGAGUUCUACAAGAAGGCACUAGCGCCUCUCAAAUACAAGGAGUUGAUGCGCUUUCCAGGAGCGGUCGGGCUGGGAGACCAGGUGCCAGACUUUUGGAUCUCUGAGACCAAGGACCAGACGAAGCAGAAUGUCCACUUUGCCUUUGUUUCAAACGACCGCAAGACGGUGGAUGCGUUCCACGAGGCUGCCAUUGCCGCGGGGGGAUCAGACAAUGGGAAGCCAGGUCUACGAACCGAAUACCAUCCGAACUACUAUGCCUCCUUCAUCAUAGACCCUCGGGGGAAUAACGUCGAGAUUGUGUGUCAUUUGCCGGCCAAGGAGUAG